AUGGAAAAUAAGAACCUUGGGUUACAAGAAUGUGUGCAACUGGUAAAAUCUUGCAAGACUGUACACGAAGAAGCUGAGCGAGUCUAUCUAACAGUGCGUAACUCCGGCCAUCUCUCCAGUCCCGAUGGGACGUUCCUCUCCAAUUUGUUACUCCAUAUGUUUGUGAGCUGCGGGAGCCUCCACCGUGCCCACCACAUCUUUGACACCACGCAUCCAAAGACUGCUUUCACUUGGGUCCUGUUGAUCAAUGGCUAUGCGCGAAGCGGACGCGUCGAUAGCGCGAAAGAGCUCUUUGAUCGGAUCCCUCACAGGAACCUUGUGGCUUGGAAUUCCAUGCUCUCGGCAUAUGCCCAAAACGGGUAUGUUAGAGAUGCCACGGAGAUAUUCCACCAGAUGCCCGAGUGGAGUGUCAUCCCGUGGACUGAAAUCCUAGCUGCGUUUUCCCGAGACGGGAACACCCGCGAAGCCAGGUAUUGGUUUGAAACUGCUGUGGAGAGAGACAUUGUUUGCUGGAACGCGCUUCUUUCGGCAUUUGCCUUGAAAGGACAACUUGAAGAGGCCAAACGAGUGUUUUACGCCAUGCCACAGUGGAACUAUUUCUCCUGGAAUUUGAUGCUCAGUGCGUACGUGAAGAACAAUCUUAUUCAUGAUGCACUGGAGCUUUUCCUUCGUUUGGAUGAGCAAGACACUGUCACUAGAAACACCAUGCUUUCAGGAUUUGGACAAAGUGGUGAUAUUGAUCGAGCUAAGAAACUGUUUGAUCAAAUGCCCGAGUGGAGUUUAGUGUCGUGGAAUUCCAUGCUCGCUGCUUAUGCCCACGUUGGAGAUUUGAGCUCCACUUUAAAAGUGUUUGAAACUAUGAACUGUCGAGAUCUCUUUUCAUGGACUACACUUCUGGCUGCGUGGUCACAAACCUGGAACUUGGAAGAAUCUAAGAAGAUCUUUGACGCCAUGCCCGAAAGAAACUUGGUCUCUUGGAAUACACUCUUGUACGCGUAUGCCCAUUUUGGGCAUAUCUAUGAAAUGGAGGCUUUCCUGAGCGAAAUGCCAGAAAAAUCUUUAGUUUCAUGGAACAUUCUUCUUGCUGGUUACGGCCAGCGCAAGGAAUUCAAAGCUGCCAGCAGCGUUUUUAACAACAUGGUCCAAAGAGAUAGCAUCUCAUGGAAUCAGAUGCUAGGAGCAUUUGCACAAAAAGGAUAUCUACUUGAGGCUGUCCGGUUUCUAGAUCGGAUGCCCAAACUGGGCAUGGCUUCUUGGAACACUUUGUUGGUAGCAUUUGCACACAAUGGCCACCACUGCACUGCUUUAGAUCUCUUCUCCGUUAUGCUUCUAAAUGGUUUUGAAGUGGAUGAGAUUUCUCUCAUUUGCGUGCUAAUUGCAUGCAGUCGUGCCGGACGUUCCCAAAGAGCAAGAGUGUUCUUCCACUCGAUCCAAACGGACUUUUGCUUUGCUCUAACGAGGCAGAUCUUCAGCUGCAUGGUUGAUCUUCUUGGACGAGCUGGGCGCUUGAGAGACGCCGAGGAUCUCGUCCAGCAUAUGCCUUUCCAGCCUGAAGUCACCGAUUGGAGAUGCAUUCUAAGUGCUUGUAAAAGCCACAAGGACGAUCAGUCGACAGCUCGAGCCGUAGAGAGAGUUCUUGGAUUAGAUCCUGUCAAUAAUGCCGCGUUUGUGCUCCUCUCAAAUUCAAAGAUAAGAGAAAAUCUCUGUUAA